AUGCUCCGCACCAAUGACGGAAAGAAAGACGCUAAGACUACUAAGACUAAGGAGAAGACGACAAAAAAGGCCGGCACGAGCAGUAGUAGUAUCAUCAGCGGCGGCGGGAAUAUCACCGCGAGCGGCGGGUACGGCGUGGGGCCGUUGACGAAGGAAGGGCAGCUCCAUCGCGACGUGGUCAUGAGCGCUGUUAUCGAAUCAUCCGCGUUACAAGUCUCCUUCGACUCGUUUCCGUACUAUCUCAGUGAUGCCACGCGCAACGCGCUGGUGGAUGCGUGUUUCAUCCGCCUGCGCCGCCCCGAGUUCCUGCGUUUCACCGCUGACCUCCCCUCGCUCUCCACGCGCAUCCUCCUCUCCGGCCCUCCAGGCUCGGAGCGGUACCAGGAGCAGCUGGUUCGGGCGUUGGCUCGGCACCUGGAUGCGAAGCUUCUGAUCUUUGAUCUCCCCAACAUGCUGCUGCAGGUAUGGCUCGUGCAGGUGCGUGACGGGGAGGAGGAGGUGGAGGAAGAGGAGGAGGGCGAGGAGGGGAGGCAAGGAGAUGGCGGUGCAGUGAGUGGGGAGGGGGCGGGAGAGACAGGGGCGCCAGGGGAGGCGCAAGGCGCUGGUCUCACGAGUGUGGCUGCAGGGGGGGAACAAGUGUCCGCGGAGAGGGGAGGUGCGGAUGGGGGAGGGGGUGACUCUGCCGUGGCUGCUGAUGUGGAGAGUGAUGGGGCUGCUGACGUGGCGUCAGGGGAACUGGAGUUGGUAGAUGCGAUGGAUGAGGGACAGGGGGGAGAUAGGGCGGAGGCGCAGGGGGAGGGUGAGAGGGCAGAGAUGGAGGGGGACGGGGUGGAGAGGGAGGGGGAAGGGGCGGAGAGGGAAGAGGCGGAGAGGGAGGAAGCGGAGAGGGAGGGUGGGGGAGCAGGGGGGGAGGCAGGAGGGCUGCAGAGUGUGCCGUGUGUGCACGGGGCAGGUGGUGUUUGCACUGCUCUUCCUGAUUAUGGCAGCAACAGCUGCAGUGCCGCCUGUGCUAUCAGUGCUGGCAAUACCGCAUGCAGCACAGUUUCUCAUCCUCCUAAUCUGGCUGCUCCUAUCGUCACUGCAACUGCUGCCUCUUCUCCCGCUGGUGCUGCGUUGUCUGCUUCUACGUGCGAGGAGGCGGAGCAGAGUGGCGCUGCUGCUGGUAAUCCUUCUGCCAGCACGCAGCCGGACAGCAUACCGCCCCCCAGCACUGCACACACUGGCAGUACCCACACCAGCACUGCCGCUGCUGACGAUGGCAAGCCCAAUAGGCCUGAGGAGGAGGAGGAGCAGGAGGGGCAGCAGGGCAGCAGCACGUCGAGUAAACGCAGCAGUGGGGGUGCGGGAGGAGGGAAAGGCGGUGUGGAUCUGCGAGCAGUGAAGCUGAAGGAGCUCUCCUCCUCGCUUAUCCCCCGCUCCCACUCCCACCACUCCAAAUCCUCCUCUUCCUCCUCGUUGUCCUCCUCCCACCAUAAGAAGAAGGGUAGCAGCAAGGGAUCGAAGAGCGCAGCGAAGGAGGGAGCGGGUGAGGGGGAUGGUGCAGGGAAGGGUGGGAGCAGGGAUGAGGCGGGGAGUGGGGCAGCGGUGGCAGGUACAGGGCACAAGGUGAAGAGCAAGGGGGAGAAGGAGAAGGAGGGUGCUGGAAGCGAUGGGAAGAAGAGCAGCGAGAGUGUGGAGGGGUCGAAGAAGGGUUUUAAGAAAGGCGACAGAGUGCGCUACAUGGGCCCGCCCUCGCUCUCCUCUGCUGCACCCCCACCGCCAUCGGCCUCGCUUCUGCCACCCUCCAUGCGCGGCCCCCCAGUGGGGCUGAAGGGGCGAGUGGUGGUGGUGCUGGAGGAAAAUCCACACCGCGUGGGCGUGCGUUUUGACAAGCCCAUCCCAGGUGGCAGCAGUCUGGUGGACGUGUGUGACGAUGGGCACGGGGCAUGGUGCCACGUGUCGGAGCUGCGGCUGGAGGGGGCAGCAGCAGAUGACGUGGAGAAGCAACUGGUGGACCAUUGCAUGGCGGUGGCAGCAACCGUAGCGGCCACAACCCCGCUCAUUGUGUUCAUCCCGGGCGCAGACAGAAUCGCAGCAGCGCAUUACGAGCGGCUCGUGAGGCUGGAGCGCAUGGAGCGCUUGGGUGUUGUUGGGGAGAGAGGUGCGGAGAAGGGGGAGAAGGGAGAGAAAGGGGACAAGGGGAAGGAGGGGAAGGAUGGGAAGGAUGGGAAGGAGAAGAGUGAACCGUUGCGGCUGGUGGUGAUUGGUUCCCACACAGUGCCGCCCAAAAAGGACAAGGCGCCAGCAGCGGCAGCAGCCCCCAAGGCCACGGACAAGCUCUCUGCCCUCCUCGACCUCUCCUUCCUGGACCAGCUCUCCUCACGGCCAGAGGACGGACGCGGGGAGGGCGGCGGGGGCAAGGGGGGCGGCAGGGCGGUGUCUCGCCUCUUCCCCACCUCCAUCCCGGUGCUGCCGCCCGCACAAGACGAUGACGUGGCGCAGCGUGAUUGGGCGAGGCAGCUGGAGGGUGACGUGGAGCUGAUGCGCGCUGAGAGCAACCGCCGCCUGCUUAGAUCGGUGAUGUGCACGGCGGGAGUGGAGUGUGCAGACAUUGACAGACUCUCAAUCGCCUCGCACUCUCUUCCCCAGGAGGGAGCGGAGCGCAUGGUGGGGUGGGCCAUCAGUCACCAGCUACAGCACAGCCAACAAGCCGACACGCCUCCUGCCCGCCUCCCGCUCUCUCUCUCCAGUAUUCAGCAUGGAGUGGAGGUGGUGGAGGGAGCAUCUCAGCAGCAGCCAGCCACACAGCGCAAGGCACUUAAGGACGUGACGUGUGACAACGACUUUGAGCGGCUGCUUCUGGGGGAGGUGAUACCUGCGGAGGAGCUGGGGGUGCGCUUUGAGCACAUCGGCGCGCUGGAGGGCGUGAAGGAGGCUUUAAGGGAGGUGGUCAUGCUGCCGCUGCAGCGACCAGAGCUCUUCCAGACCGGCCAGCUCACCAAGCCGGUGAGGGGGCUGCUGCUGUUUGGUCCACCGGGCACAGGCAAAACAAUGCUGGGCAAGGCGGUUGCUACGGAGUCAGGCGCCAACUUCAUCUCCCUCUCCAUGGCCUCUGUCGCAUCAAAGUGGUUCGGAGAGGCAGAGAAGUAUGUGAAGGCCGUGUUCACGCUGGCCAGUAAAAUCGCGCCAUGUGUCAUCUUCGUGGACGAGGUGGACAGCAUGUUGGGGCGGCGAGGCGGCGACUCAGAGCACAGUGCAAUGAGGAAGCUCAAGAACGAGUUCAUGGCGGCAUGGGAUGGGCUGCGAUCCAAACAAGCCGAGCGUAUUCUCGUGCUCGGCGCCACCAACCGCCCCCAUGACUUGGACGACGCUGUCAUCAGGCGGUUUCCCAGAAGGCUGUUCAUUGACCUGCCUGACUGCGCCAACCGGGCCAAGAUCCUGGCAGUCAUUCUAAAGGACGAGGAGCUCGAGCGUGGCUUCUCUACAGACGAGCUCGCUGCUGCCACUGACGGUUAUUCGGGCAGUGAUCUCAAGAACCUGUGUGUGACAGCAGCGUUUCUGAGAAUAAAGGAGUUUCUGGACAAGGAGAAGAAGGAAAAAGAGGAGGUUGAGAGGAAAGAGGGAGGCGCAGAGGGAAGCAGUGGAAGCAGCGGCUUAGCAGCUAGUGGCAGCCGGGAGAGCGAGGCUGGUGCUGCUGACGAUGGCUCUGACUCACAUGAAUUUCCAGGCUCCCUUGCUGCUUCCCCUGUCGCCGCGCCAUGCCUGCGACCAAUCAGCAUGGAGGACAUGCGGAAAGCCAUGGAGAAGGUGCGGGCGAGUGUGAGCAGCGAUGCAGCAGCAAUGAUGGAGCUGAUGCAGUGGAACGAGCAGUUUGGGGAGGGUGCCUCCCGCAAGAUCACCCCCCUCUCCUACUUCAUGUGA